UCUAAGGAUGUUUAGUGCCGCAGACUUCACGCCACUCCCGUCAGAAGAAGACUUGAGAGACUAGAAAGAAGUUAAACAAUCUGACUUAAUUGCGUAAACGCAUUGAAGUCCCCGGCCGUAUCUCAACAUUGUAUCAUAGCAGAGGCAUAGCAUUACGAAAACCGUGUUUUGGGGUUUGUUUGGACGUGCUAUAAACGUGUGUGUGUGCGGUCUGCACCAUUAGUAGGGUGUAGGCUAGGCGGCCUGUCUUCUUCACAGAACAUGGAGAGCGUGUUUAUAAACACGGAGGGUGCCUACGAAUCUCCUGAUUAUUUAAAUACUGAAAUUGGAUCACCAUGUUAUCCGUUGUCAGAAUCGGCCACAGUGGUUAAAAUAAAGUCAGACGAUGACUGUACAUACGACGAGGACGAUGACUCUUCGACAGAUCCGGACAAAGGUCCUGAGCCACCAGAGACACUAAUGGGAGAUCGGCAGGUCAAAAUGGAGGAGGACGACGACUGGCAGGAAGACAGCGAAGGCUCCCAGACCAGGCAUGAUGCAGAAUUGAAAUCAUCGAACAAGAAACCUGUGGGCGAAAUAAAAGGAAAAAAGCCUUAUGCACUUAGAGUCUGUCUUCGAAAAAAGCACCAGAUAAUGGAUCUCAGAAGAGAAGCGAACCAAUGCAUUACAUGUGGGAAGGUGUUCGCCCAUGAUUGUGAUUUAAAGAGACACGAGAGGAUCCACACCGGAGAAAAGCCGCAUCAGUGUAGUACAUGUGGAAAGAGUUUUACUAGAAGCGACGACCUCACGCGGCACCAAACCAUCCACACGGGAGAAAGGCCGUAUAAGUGCCCACUAUGUGGAAAUUCUUUUAGACGCAAACAGGAACUAAAGAAACAUCAGAUUGUCCACACGAGAGAAAAGCCGCAUGAGUGCAGCACAUGUGGAAAGGCCUUCACACACGAUCGGGACUUGCAGAGACAUGAGAGGAGCCACACUGGAGAAAAGGCGCAUCAGUGUACCACUUGUGGAAAAGCUUUUUCCCGCUCACAAGAGCUCAAGAGGCACCAGUCAGUCCACACUGGAGAAAAACCAUACCAAUGCACAACAUGUGGAAAAGCUUUUAGUCGAAAUGACCAUCUCCUCCAACACCAACUAGCCCACGCCGCAGAAAAACCAUUUGAGUGCAGCGUGUGUGGAAGGGGUUUUACAAUCAAAGAUGUCCUGAAGAGACACGAGCGAUCCCACACUGGAGAGAAGGCAUACCAGUGUAGCUUGUGCGGACUGACCUUUACCCGUAAAGACCACGUCUUAAAGCACCAUCGAAACCAUCUUGCCAUUCAUCAGAAAACUCGUCCUGGCGAAAAGCCGUAUGAAUGUGCGACGUGUGGAGAGGCCUUUGCGGAGCCCUGUGUUCUGAGCAUGCACAUGAAAGUUCACAGUGGAGAAAAGAAGCAUGUAUGUGUUACAUGUGGAAAGGGCUAUGUGUGCGCAAGUGACUUAACUGUGCACGAAAGAACGCACACUGGAGAAAAGCCAUUUGAAUGCGGCACGUGUGGAAAAGCCUUUAAACGCCAAAAAGAUCUCAACUAUCAUCUGCGUAUUCACACUGGAGAGAAUCUGCAUCACUGUGCCACAUGUGGGAAGGCCUUUGUAGCGCGCAACGAACGGGACAUACACCAGCGGACCCACACGGGAGAAAAACCAUUCCAGUGCACCAUAUGUCCCAAGGCCUUUGCAAGACGAAGUCAUCUGUCUAGACAUGAACGAACUCAUACUGGAGCAUAGACACAGUACACUAUGAACACUACGCAGUUGCCAUGGUGACCACUCCCUUGCAUUUGAUCAAACAGCUGAUGUCAUAUUGCUGCCAUCAGUUGGUGACGAAGCAAUUUACAUUAUCCUGUAGGCGGCAGCAAUUCUUAUGGUAAAUCUGUGAGAAAUAUCAGCAUAGGGUCAUUUCAUGUGAAAUCAGACACUUUGGGGCCUGACUGACACUGGUUUUAAUUACACUUAGUUUGACUUUUUAGUGGACAGAACAUUCAAACGAACAGAUCUUUCAGAGCUUUGAGUCCAUGCGAUGUGCCAUGUGCAUAUGUGCGGUACACAAAAGGACAGCCUUCCUCAGCUCACCCCACAUCAAAACAAAUUGAAGCACAGGUUUCAGGUAAGGCUAAUCCAGACUCCCCGCACACGCAGAGUGACACACCCAUGUCCAACAGUAACCACAAACCAAAACAAACCCAUUCCACAAUAAAAUGUUGAAAAAGCAAAAUAUUAAGAAAAUAUUCAUGGCUCCUACAAAAACUUUCUUAGUCUGUUUCUCAAUUAUAAAGGAUGAAUGUAUAGUGUCCUACCCUCUUAAUUAAAUCGUUCUUAAUCCUUUUUUCCUUAACAUUAGUGCCAGAUUCAUAGAAAUGCAGUUCUGGAGUUCUACCACGCCAUCAAAAAG